AUGCAUUUUCAACAGAUCGUGGCCUCCUUGGCCUUAACAAGCCUAGCUGUCGCUGCACCUUUGUCAGAGGAGAAACGAGCCUCCCCGAGUGAAAAGUUUACUGUUUUCCAAGAUAAGCAAGCAAGGCCAGAAGGACGAAAGGUCGCCGGUCCUAUCGCUUUGGCUGAAGCCCUUGGCAAGUACGGUCGAGUUGGCCUGUCGCCUUCACCAGCAGUCAAACAAGCUGCAGCCAAGGCCGCCGCUCAGGACGACGGCACUGUUGCAGCAAACCCAGAACAAUUCGAUCAGGCGUACCUUUCACCUGUCACGAUUGGUGGUGAGACUUUGCAACUGGACUUCGAUACCGGAUCGAGCGAUCUGAAGAUCUCCUACGGGGACGGAUCCAGCGCCUCCGGUGACGUAUACACGGAUAGCGUAGAUAUUGGUGGUACCACAGUCAACGCACAAGCUGUCGAGCUCGCCAAAACUGUCAGCGCAGCUUUCGCAAGUAAUGAGGGAGAUGGCUUGCUUGGGCUCGCUUUCUCGAAGAUCAACACAGUCACCCCAGAUCAACAGAAAACGUUCUUCGACAACGCUAUCCCAUCGCUCUCGGAGCCUCUUUUUGCUGUCGAUUUGAAGAAAGGCCAAGCAGGCACAUACGACUUUGGCUUCAUAGACGACAGCAAACACACUGGCGAGAUUACUUACACUCCGGUUGACGAUUCUCAAGGCUUCUGGGGCUUCACCACGUCAGGAUACAAAGUUGGGGACGGUGAGACGGUCACUGAGGACAUCAAUUCCAUCGCCGAUACAGGCACCAGUCUUGCGCUCUUGCAGGAUGAUGUUGUAUCCGCUUACUACGCCGCCGUCGAUGGUGCAGAGAAUUCUCAGAGUGAGGGAGGAUACAUCUUCCCGUGUGACGCUACGCUCCCAGACCUGACCUUCCAGAUCGAGGACUACGCCGCUGUUGUUCCAGGGAGUUUUUUUAACUAUGCACCUGCUUCUGCCGAGGGGCAGUGCUUCGGAGGCCUUCAGUCCUCAGGAGACUUGGGCUUGAGCAUCUUCGGCGACGUCUUCCUCAAGGCUCAAUAUGUGGUGUUUUCGAAUAGUCCCUUGCAACUCGGAUUUGCUCCGAAGGAUCUAUAG